AUGAUGGGCUCGGGGACGCCGGAGGCAGCCUGCGGCGCGGGGCCGGCGCUCUGCCGGAGGCCUUGGGCGGAGCUGCUGGCAGGAAGGGUCAAGAGGCAAAAGUAUAACCCUGAAAGGGAACAGAAGUUAAAGGCAUCAGCCGUGCACCUGCUGAGAAGCCACCAGGACUUGAGUGACCUUUUGCUUGAGGUAGAAGGUCCAUCGUGCAAAAAAUUGUGUCUCAGCGAAUUGAUUGCUUGUGAGGGUCCUGAGCCCUCCACUGACCAUUCUAGUUCAUUUGUAGGGUCUGUUCUGCGGGACCAAGCCUCCAGGCUGGGGGUCCCGGUGGGAGUUCUGUCGGCCAGGGCGGUGGCCUGCAGCGUGGAGCGGAUCUGUGCGGCUGCAGCUGAGCCCCGUCGUGCUGCCCUGCUGGCCCCGGAGCAGAGAAGGAAACUGUCUUCCGUGUUGGAGACUGCUCAGUCCUUCCUGGCGCACAGCAUGUUCUCCCGUCUCGUCUUCUGUCAAGAAUUGUGGAAAGUGCAGAGUUCUUUGGUGUUUGAAGCUGUGUGGUGUCUUCAUGUACAAAACGUCGUGAGCCUGCAGGAGCUGGUGGAAAGCCACUCCGACGUGCGGGCCUUGGGGCGGUGGCUCUUCAGGAACCUGUGUCUCCUGUGUGAGCAGACAGAGGAGUCCAGUGAGGACACGGACGUCGCCAGAGCUGUGCUUUCCGGUCUUGUACGAAUGUUUGUUCUGAGGGGAUUUCAGAACCACUCAGAUGCGAGAAGAACUGUGGAGCCAGACAAGAUGCCGCAGGUCGCCCUUGACGUGCUGCAGAGGAUGCUGACCUUUGCCCUGGAUGCUCUGGCUGCCGGUGCACAGGACGGGUCCCCCUUGCACAACGCGGUGAGGUGCUGGUUUGGCGUGUUCGGUGGAGACACGUGUUGGGGCAUGACGUCCACAGACUCUCCAAAGAGGUUUUUCGGUCAUACUCUGACGCAGAUCCUCACACACAACCCUGUGCUGAAAGCGUCCGAUGCCGUCCAGGCGCAGAGAGAGUGGAGCUUCGCGCGGACCCACCCUCUGCUCAGCGCUCUGUACCGCAGGCUCUUUGUGAUGUUGAGUCCGGAGGAGUUGGUUGGCCAUUUGCAAGAAGUUUUGGAAACCCAGGAGGUGAAUUGGCAGCGUGUGCUGUCCUGCGUGUCCACGCUGGUUGUCUGCGUCCCAGAAGCACAGCAGCUGGUCAGCGGUUGGGUGGCCCGUCUGACGGCCCAAGCAUUCGAGAGCUGCCACCUGGACAGCCUGCUCACCGCGUUCCUGAUCGUGCGCCAGGCUGCUCUGGAGGGUCCCUCUGUGUUCCCGUCCUACGCAGACUGGUUCAAGGCCUCCUUUGGGAGCUCACGGGGCCACCACGCCUGCAGCAAGAAGGCUCUGGUCUUCCUCUUCAAGUUCCUGUCGGACCUCGUGCCCUUUGAGGCCCCCCGGUACAUGCAGGUGCACAUCCUCCACCCACCCCUGGUGCCAAACAAGUACCGCUCCCUCCUCACGGACUACGUGGCGCUGGCCAAGACACGCCUGACUGAUCUCAAGGUUGGUAUCGAAACCAUGGGGCUGUAUGAGGACGUGUCGUCGGCUGGGGACGUUCCCGAGCCCCGCAGCCAAGCGCCGCAGGAUGUUGACAAGGCCAUCGCGGUGUUUGAACACACGGGCAGAAUCCCAGUCACCGUCAUGGAGGCCAGCAUAUUCAGGAGGCCCUACUACGUGUCGCACUUUCUCCCUGCCCUGCUCACACCUCGAGUGCUCCCGAAAGUCCCUGAUUCCCGAAUGGCUUUUAUAGAGUCCCUGAAGAGAGCAGAUAAGAUCCCCCCGUCUGUGUACUCUGCCUACUGCCACGCCUGCUCCGCCGCUGCAGAGAAGACUCCAGAAAAUGCAGCGCCAGGAUCGAGGGCAGAGCCCGGCGGUGCUGAGGAGGCCCUGGGGCGGCUCGCGGCUGCGCUGGGAGAACUCAGAGCCUGCAUGAGAGACCCCGACCGCUACGACGUCGUGUCCGCUCAGAUGGCAGUGAUCUCUGACAGACUGGGCGCGGCCUUGCGUCGCGGUAAGGACGACGGCAGCCGCGAGACAUCAGAGGGCCGGCUCAGCGCCGUCUCUGCGAGACUCGGGCAGCAGGAGCAGGAGGUGGCGGACCUCCUGCUGACUUCCUUCUGUCAGAACCUCCUGGCGGCCUCCAGCUUCGCGCCCCCAGAGAGGCAGGGCCCCUGGGCCACCCUGUUCGUGAGGACCGUGUGUGGGUGCUCCGUGCUGCCAGCGGUGCUCUCCCGGCUCUGCCAGCUGCUCCGCCUCCAGGGCCCGAGCCUGAGUGCCUCCCACGUGCUGGGCUUGGCCGCCCUGGCCGUGCACCUGGGGGAGCCCGGCUCUGCGCUCCCUCCUGCCCCUGCCGGGGGCCUUCCCUUCCCCGACCUGCUCGAGGGCCUCCUGAGCUGCCGGACGCGGGAGUCCUCGCUCUUCUGCCUGAGAUUUUGUACAGCGGCCAUUUCCUAUUCUUUGUGCAAAUUUUCUUCCCAGUCACGUGAUAUUUUGUGCAGUUGUUUACCUCCGGGCCUCAUAAAAAAGUUUCAGUUCCUCGUGCUCAGAUUGUUCCCGGAGAGCCGAGAACUUCCCUCCCAGGAGGACACAGCGGGCCCUCCCUGGAGUCCCACGUGCCUUGCGCCUGCGGACUGGCGGGGAGCCACGCUCUUGCUGUGGAGACAGAGCACCUUCCAGGAGCUGCUGAAGGAGAGAGACUUGCACUUGACUUACAGGGACUGGUUGCGGCUGGAACUGGAGGUGCAGCCCGAAGCCGACACGCUUUCAGACCCAGAGAGGGAGGACUUCCACCAGUGGGCGAUCCGUGAGCGCUACCUCCCUGCGCCUGCCACCGCGGGGGGCUGUGACGGGGACCUGGAGGUGGCGUGCGCGGUCCUUGUCGACGUGCUGAUGGACUCCUGCCAGAGUUCGAGGAGUUGUGACCACUCGGAGGAUUCUGAUUGGGCCCCCGGUGGCCGCACAGGGAAUGGGGACAUUCUCUCCAGGUUGCAGGAGAUGAACGUGGAGCUGGGGCUGGAGCGGGGUGGCCGCCCCCCCUCGCGGGCUCACUUCCUCUUCCGGGUUUUCCGCACGAGGCUCCAGGCUCUGCCCAGCGGGUGGGACGUGGCCGCCAGCCUCCAGAGACAGCGGGAGCUGCUCAUGUACAAACGGCUGCUCCUCCGCCUGCCGCCUUCUGUUCUCCUGGGCAGCUUCCCGGCCGAGCCGCCCGCCGCCCCCCACUGCGAGGACUUCUUCCACCUGGUCAACGCCGAGCUGAGAGACUCGUGCUCCCAGGGAGGCGCCCUGACGCACGACAUCACGGCCCACUUCUUCAGGGGCCUGCUGCACGCCUGUCUGCAGAGCAGCGACCCCUCGCUGGCGGCCGACCUGCUGCUGGCCGAGUGCCAGGCCCGCUGCCCCCUGAUCCUGACGUCUGCGCUGCGCUGGUGGCCGAGGCUGGAGCCCGUGCUGCUGUCCCAGUGGCGGCGGAGCUGCCGGAACCCGCUGCCCCGGGAGCUGCAGAGGCUGCAGGACGCCCGGCGCUUUGCCAGGGACUUCCUGUCCCCUGAGGCAGCCUCCCCGCCCCCCCACCUGGCCUGGCUCUCGGCCGCCGCCUUGCACUUCGAGAUUCAGCAGGUCAGGAAGGAAGACGUAGGGAGACAGCUGCGGAGGCUGGACGGUGCGACAGAGGAGCUUUUAGUUUUCCUUUUUUUCUUUUCCUUGAUGGGCCUGCUGUCGUCACAUCUGACCCCAAAAGAGGCCGGCGACUCCCUGCAGGCUCUGGCCGUGUGCGCCGAGGUCCUGGCAUGUUUGCAGAGGAGGAGGAUUCCCUGGCUGGCGCUCUUCCAGCUGACGGAGACGGAUGCCGGGCUGGGGCAGCUCCUCCUCCGCGUGGCCCCGGCGCAGCAGGCCCGGUUGCUGCCCUUCGCCUUCUACAGUCUCCUCUCCUCCUUCGACGAAGACGCGGCUGUCAGGGAGGAGGCCUUCCUGCCUGUCGCCGUCGACAUGUACCUGAAGCUGAUCCGGCUCUUCGUGGCUGGAGAGACAAGUGCGGUGUCGCUUCUGGCCGGCAGGAACCCAGAGCUCCAGGGCCAGGGCAGCCCUGUAGAACUCAUCACAAAAGCUCGUCUUUUCCUGCUGCAGUUGAUACCUCGCUGCCCGAAAGAGAGCUUCGUAGACAUGGCGGAGCUGCUGGCUGAUCGUGGGGACUGUGACCCAGAAGUGAGCGCCGCCCUCCUGCGCAGGCAGCAGGCUGCGCCCGACGAACCUUACCGGGAGCCCCCCCUCUUCCACCUGGACCCGUCGCCAUGCACCAGCCCAGCUCCUUUGUGAAUAAUUUAUUACAAGCAUAACAUGGAGCUCUUGUUGCACUAAAAAGUGGAUUACAAACCUC